UGUAUGUAUGUAUGCCCAUGGGUAUGUUGUAUUAUUAGCAUACACACACGCAAUGUCUUUCCAAUCUCGCACCUUUAUGGAUCUCAUGGUCAUGACUUCUUCCUCCUCUUCCACCACUCUAUGGACUUUAUCAAACUCGACGUUUAUCCCGUCAAUACCCUCUCGGAGUGACGCCAUCGCCGUCGGAUAACGGCCGGGCAAAUCAGACCCUCUCCUUCACCUCCGACGCUCCUGCUGUGUCUCGUACAAUAGCCAGCAACAUACUAGAUCACUACGUUGGGAAGGAUCAAAUCGAUAUUGUCGAAAUUUAUAUCUGAGGUCCGGAAAUCACCAUUCUCGAGCCCUAUGUAUAUACGACCACGCCAACAUCUUCGCCUGACAGUAGAUCACCUUCGCAUUAAGAGCUGUGACAAUCGGGCAAGCUUGAAGCUGUAGCUGUGAACUCAAAGACGUGGGAUGGCUGUUCAGACAACCGGCACAGGUCGUAGAAAUUCUGGUGAAUCUCCUGUCGAGAACGCAUCGACGAGGCCAACCGAAGAUGGCAUACACCGAGCGAUGACAGCGAGUCCGGAGAGUGGUCGACCGAGUAGGACCACCAGCCCUGUCAUCUUCAACCCAUACUAUACCGGUCGGCCAAGGACUCCUACAAACUCGCACAAACCAUUCGCUGUAGAUCGUCGAGAGAUUAUACGACAGAUCAAGGUGUUGUCUCGGCCAACUUCGCCUGAAUUAGAAAGGCGGAAAUCUCCCGUACCUGUUCAUGUGGAUCAGAUCUCUCGAACUACAACUCCACAAACACCAGAAAGACGGCAGAACGAUGAAGAGGUCGGUAUGCAAAUCGAACGACCUCGGUCGGCUUUGCAUCGAGGAGACUUUCGAGAAAGAGAAGGACCAUCAAGUUCAGGAGAAGGAAUUGACGGUGCAUCACGCGCGCUGGAUACUAGAACUCUAUUUGCUACAUCUCCGGUCGUUCCGUGGGACUCGAGAUUUCCUGCAAAUGCCCUCCGAUAUCCUGGCAUCUUCCAAACAGAGACAAAGCCAAAUGGUAUACCAAUUCCAGCCCAAAGAGCACGAGCUCCAUCGUACAGCUCCUUCUCUUCCAGUUUCGUCUACAGGCCUCCCACUAGUCCUCUUGUUCAGUCUUCUCGACCAGAUACGCCAGAUCAAUCUUCACGCAUGCGUUCUCGAAGUCCUGAUAAGACUCGUAGGCAUACAUUUUCACCUACCUACAUGUAUGAUUACUCUUCUCACCGAGGAACGUCACCUCCCGGCCUUUCGCAUGCAGGAGUUCCUACACUUCGAUCGGAAAGAUCAUAUCCAUGUCAAGCAUUACAACCUGAACGACCAAGGAUAUUUAGGACUUCUGCGAGUCUCCCGCAGUCACCAAUGGGCCAUACACGCAGAACAUCUCUGUCAGAUUCACCGCUUCAUCACGCACCCAUGGUCGGAUCAUAUGAGGAGUCUAUUCUGCGCGGUCGAAUGUCGACCACUCCAUCCAAGCCGCUGAAUUUUGUUGCACAGAUAGGAGUACUGGGCAAGGGCAACUGCAAGCCAAGUUUGAGGUGUCCUUCCCAUGUCAGCAUACCAUUUCCUGCAGUAUUUUACAGCUAUGGAAAUGGAGGCAAGGUCAAUCCUACCAAUGAUCAGCCGAGUCCCUAUGUCGGACUUAUCGAUCUUGAAAAUAAUCUACAGACUGGAGAUGCUUCCGAACGACGGCGGAGACAGAAUUUUCAAACAGCGAUGAGUCCUGCUGAAAGUCGGGCAGCUUCUAGAAGUCGCAUUGAAAGUGUUACUGUAGACGAUCAAGCACACCAGCAACAGCGGCGAAGGCAAAAGCAAAAACGACGCUCUGGUUCACCGCGAGCGCCACCUGGCGGAUGCUAUCGAAUCCCUGCUGUAGGACAACUGCAAAUUGUGAUCAAGAAUCCCAACAAGACUGCCGUCAAGCUUUUCCUCGUACCAUAUGAUCUGUCAGAUAUGGAGCCAGGUCAAAAGACCUUCAUUCGUCAGCGUAGCUACUCUGCUGGUCCGAUCAUCGACAUGCCUUUAUCUUCACGAAAGAAUCUCGGCACCGACCGACCAGAAGCUGGCAUCAAUCCCAGCGGCGAUCCCCAAGACAAGCCCAUCCUACGAUACCUCAUUCAUUUGAAUAUCUGCUGUCCCGCCAAAGGUCGAUACUUCCUAUACAAAUCGCUUCGGGUCGUCUUUGCCAAUCGCGUACCCGACGGGAAAGAAAAGCUCCGAAACGAAGUCCAGAUGCCCGACCCGCGAUACAGCACAUACAAGAUCACCCGUGAUCCACCCGCGGCCGUCAUCGCAGCUACACCCCCGAAUCCUCGUCGCCGCAGCUCCAUUCUCGACCCACAAUUCUCCCCUAUCCAAGAGACCCAGUGGUCACCCUUCUCGCACCAUUUCUCGCCCCAAAGUCCCGCUCCCAAUAAUCCAUCUCAGGACGAUCUCUCUGCCUUCACAUCCAUUCCACCCAGGCACUUUUCCGUCCUACCAACCCUCGCCUCCCGCCCUCAAAGCCGCCACGCUCUCGACGACGAUAUGGACCUCGACCCACCCAGCGAUCAGCACCACCCACUCAACACAGGCACCUCUUUGAUCUCCUCUCCUUCCUCUCCACCAACAUCCGCGAAUCCCCGCCACAACCACUCCCCGUUCACCCACUUCUCCGCCGCCACCUUCCACGAACCCUUCGGCCCACCAGAAAGCCGCGGCCGCCGAACGAGAGGAAGGGACAUGCUCGGGAGAUCCGAGCCGAGCCUCCCCAGCCCCCCUCAUCAUCCUCGGGGAAUGGCCCCCUUCGCGCCUUCCGCGACCGACGGCAUCGACCCCGCCCCUUACCGCGCCCUCGUCGGCAUCGACCCACGCGGCCACAACAGCGGUAAUUUCAGCUCCACUGGUCACAACAUCCGCGGCAGCGGCAGCCACAACAACAGCGACAACAGGCCGCCGCCGAACGAAUCGCUCCUCUCGAGACGCUUGAUGGAUCUGGACGUCGUGGGCAUGACGGGCCCUUCUCAACACUACCACUCCCGACCCCGUCGACAUCAAGAAGGCCAUGGCUACGGUCGUGGUCAUGGGCACGGCGACGAUGACGACGACGACGAUGAAAGAUCCGAUCAGCGCAGGAGCCGAGGCUCCGGGCCGUCGUCGUCGCGGCCGGGGCUCGAAGGCGGCGGCGGUGGUGGUGAUGGCAGCGGAGACGGACGGCGCGGGCACGACGAGCCCGUGUUUGAGGAUCUGUUCGACGAGGGGUCGGGGUACCGUCGGGGGUGAACGAAUGAAGGAAGGAAGGUGUGGACUGACUGACUGACUAGAUGCAUGGUAUGGGGAUGGGGAUGGGGAUGGGAAUGGCCCUCUCUCUCUCUCUCUAAUAUAGAUAUAAACGUCACAUAAUGAGACAAGAUGAGCGAGCGAGCGAAUGCAUGGUGGAAAUAACCGCACGUGCGACGAUCCCUGUCACACACACACUCUCUCUCUCUAUCUCUUUGUGUGUGUUUCGUCACAGGUCGAGAUAUUCUUCUCCUGCCCCUCCUCUUCCUCCUCCUCCCUCCUCCGUCUAGAUCUACAGUGGAUAGAUAAUUAAAAAAAAAUCGGGGGUUUGCUCCUCUUAUCUUUUG